GUCAUGCUCGAUAUCCCACCCAUUCGGACCAUUUGCCUGGUGAAAUUUCCUCUUCGCUCGGCCAUUGACACACUUGCUUCUGUCAAUUCCUCUUUAUCCCUGUUUAACCUUUCUCUUUGGCUUGCGGGACCUCUGCCCUUAACUGACCAACCCGACUGGUCAACCACCCAUCACGAACUGCCCGGAUCGACAACAGCCUCCUGCUCCGCAGACUAAAGAGACAUGGCCAGCAACGAACCUCUGCACGGAGCUUGUCUCUGCGGUCGCAACCAAUACCAGAUUCACAUUCCAGACAAUGUGACCGAACACGCAGAGAUCUACUUUGAUAGCGGUCGGGAUAAUCGACGAAUCCACGGAACUCCACUCACAGCAUGGCUUCGUGUCCCUCUAUCCUGGUACCAGUCUCAUACCGAAUCGUUCUUCCCGGAUGAAACGCAUUCCACCAUCCGUCGUAUCUUCUCGCCUCAUCAUGCACCGCACACACAGCGUGUCUUCUGCGGCUUCUGCGGUAGCCCCCUUACGUACUGGAGCGAAGAGCCCCGGGAAGACGCGGAGUAUAUGUCCGUGACGAUUGGUAGUCUGGAUGCUGGGGAUCAACGCUUGCUGGAGGACCUUGACCUUCUCCCUGGAUCGGAUUCGUCCUUGGAAGAUGAGGAUGAUGAUGAGGACGACGACGACGAUCCUUCGGAGGAUAAUAAGGGUGUAGUUGCUGCACCGGCUCCGCAGACUACUGCUUCUACGUCUACGGUUGUCGUGCCGCCUUCGAGGGGGGAAGGGAACAUCUCCCGGUCUUAUCGCCAAGGCACGGUAGGUGGGAUCCCCUGGUUUGAGGAAAUGAUCGAGGGGAGUCGGCUGGGACGGUUGAUGAAGGGUAGACGAGGUAUGGGAGUCAGUGAUGAUAGUUCUACCACGAUAGAGUGGGAGAUUAGCGAGUGGACGAAUGAUGAUACUGGCUUGGCUCAGGCUGGCUCGUCUAGGCCAUCAAGAUCUGGGAAGAGGAAGCGUGGCCAUACUAAUGUGGACGAAAUCGAGCAGCCUAGCAAACGAAUGGAGUCACCUUGAUGGUGUACAUGUACAUGCUAUUGGCGUGAAAAUGGAAUCUAGAUAGUCGACGCAUAAUGAAAUGUUUUUAUUCAUC